AUGACGGACAUUGGAGAGGCCCGAGUGACGUCCGGCGGCAUUGUGGACGCAGGACCUGCGUACCAGAAGGACCGGUCCGAGGAGGUGACCAAACGGCAGAGGCUAUACGGCGGAGGAGAGCUCGCCAAGUUUCCUGAUGUCAAAUUCUCAGCCAGACGCAGCACGUGCCGUCCGCCCUCUCACGCUCCAGUGUUACCAGAUAACCAGCCCAGUUUGGAGUCAGUGACGAGUGUGGAUCAGCUGCUACAGCUUCUGUACCCAGAAUAUAAUUUACUUCAGCACUGCCUGAGAAAAAAGUCAUGGCACGCCUCCUCCGCUCCCUCUUUUUCCACCUCCUCAGCGAGCCCUUUGGUCCACUCUGAGGAUGAGGAUCUGUGGGGUCAGCCGCGGGAGGAGGCGCUUUUCAAAGUGGAUGGGACUCUGGGAGUCAUCUUAGAGGAGAUCCAGCGGACCUCGUGCCAGCCCAGAGAAGUGUGUGUUGAGGUCGCCAAAGAAAACCCAGAAUCCACCAGUCAAUUCUACCUCCCUCGCUGUGUGGCGCUGCAUCGGUGCGGCGGCUGCUGCACCAACGAGGCCCUUUACUGCACCAACACGAGUCACGCGCUUGUCAACAAGACAUUGAUGGAACUGUCCCCGCCCAGGAUGGACCGAACCGUUGUCAUGGUAACCUUCGUCAACCACACUUCGUGCGAAUGCCUCUCCAAGCGGCCGCUCCACUCCAUCAUCAGACGAGCUGCGACAGAUCACCUGUGCUCCCCACCCGAAGUUCCCUGCGCCUCCGGGGCAUUAUGGGAUCCAGUAAACUGUGUGUGCAUCUCCACAGACGCCAUUAACUACUCUGAGAGAGAGACAGAGGCGCUGGACUCAGGUCUGCUGGCUCUCUGCGGGCCCAACAGGGUUCUGCACGAAUCCACCUGCGAGUGUGUUUGUCGAAAUGGACUCACUGAGGACAGCUGCGAUCCAGGCUGGAAACUGGACCACAACACCUGUAAGGAGGGUUUCAGUCACUGA